UAAUAAAUAUAACGAUUUUAUAAUUGUUGAAAUUAAGAUUAUCUAUGGGGUAUAUUUCUCAUUAAGCCGCUCAUUUGCGGACUUUCUCUAGUCGGUAUCGCCAAUCAUGUCACCCGUUUUACUUUUGGUACUCCAAAUUUCUUACGUUCACUAAUUUUUAUAUCAGGUGCGAUCUUUUCGAUGACGUAGCUUCCACGCUGGCGGAGCUCAUUUCAUCGGCGUAGUUCCUUCUAACAUACUUACAUGUAAUUCUCGGAAAACUGGGUGAAAAGUGCAAUUUUUCAAACAAUAGUUUUAUAAAAUGGGGUGCCUAUUGCUAAAGUGAACCAAAAAAAAUGGAUAUAGAAGAUACGUUAUACUCAAGCGGUGAAGAAGGAACUAGCAAUAUGGAUAAUAUGGAUAUCUUGCUGAAUUGUGACGAAACGGAACUUAUGACCUCGGAUUUCUUUGAUUCUGUUUUGUCACUGGAAAAUAACUUGGAAGAAGAUACUUUCUUCACAAAUUUAGAUGAAGACGUAAAUAUUUUAAAUGACAAUAGUCAGAGCGAUGGAGUUUUAUCUCCACAAAGUUAUUGUUCAGAGAGUGAUAAAAACAGUACUUACAGUACAGAAAACAUAGACGAAUCAACUUCAACUAUAAACAGCAUCGAUGGAUUUGACGAUCCAAUAUUUUUGUCAUUGCUGGAUCCUGCUUCUAGUCAACAAAUGGAGUCAAAAAAUAUUCCUGUCAUUAAAUCAUCACCUAUAACAACUCUGCAGAAGCCUACUAAAAUUUUAAUUCAAAAUCCUUCGAAUAAAAAGUUUAUCGCCAAACCAAUUUUAAGUGCAGCGCAUCUCAAAAAGCAGCCUCCAAAUUCCAAGGCCCAAAUCUUAAAAGUACAGCAGUUUUCUAACAAUGGCAGACCUGUUUUGUUGCCUUUAAGCGUUAAAAGUAUUAAGAUAUUGAAUUCUGCAUCGGAUAUUGCUUCUUUGGGGACAAUCAACAGAAGAAAAGUAGAGUCAGUACAAGCAACAUCAUCUGCUGAUGAAGACGACACUCACGUAGUAUCUUCGACCAAUAACCAGUAUCCAUUGUUGAAUUUAACUAAUGAAGAAAAGCGUCUGUUGGCCAAAGAGGGGAUUCAAUUGCCCACGCAUCAUCCGUUGACAAAGAAUGAAGAAAGGGAAUUAAAAAGGAUAAGGAGAAAAAUCCGCAACAAGAUCUCAGCUCAAGAUUCAAGGAAGAGAAAAAAGGAAUAUGUUGAUGGACUGGAAGAGAGGGUGAAACGUGGCUCAGAAGAAAAUAAAAACCUACUGCAAAGGGUUAAAGAACUGCAACGGCAGAACAGAAAUCUUAUUGCCCAUGUCAACAGGUUGCAAGCACUUAUUUGCAAUUCGACAACAUCGAAAGCUACGCCCUCGACUUGUCUAAUGGUGGUUUUGUUAUCUGCUUUAUUGGUUUCCCUUCCUAAUAUGCGUUUAUUUGAAAAUAAACAGAUGUCUACAGAUAGCGAGCAAGUCAGUAUAAGAAGAUCGCUUUUGAGCAGCCAACAGGCCACAGAAGAUGAUUUGAACAUGGAGGAGUUCUUAAUUUUUAAAGAUGACGAGUCAGAGGUCGAUGCUAAAUUCGGGGAAGAUGUCCUUGAUAUUGAGAACUCUACAGAUAAGGAGUUUUCAAAGAUACUGGAAGAAAUGGGGAAAAAAUACAAUGACUUCUUGGCUGAGAAGAAUCAAUCGGAGAACAUUUUUGGAAGUAUGUUUCAAACUGUUAAGAAUUUUCUAGAUAGGAAGAAGCCGGAAUUUUUUGAAAAAAAGCCACCUGAUUAUGGGGGGACAUAUAUAAAUAAGAGAGGUUUUAUUGAACCAGAUGUUGAUGAUUGUUCAGCAAAAGAGGAGAGUCCUCCAUUAAAAAGAGUGAGAUAUGUGACAGAAGGGUUCAAAGGUGAACAUGUAGUUUCAACCCUGGUUAAAAACUGUGGGAAUGAUCAAGUUAAACAGUAAAAAAUUAUAUAUUUCUAAUUUAUAUUUUUUUGUUAAUUUUGGUUUGCUAUAUAAAUUGUUCCUGUUAUAUUUUCUAUUUCAUAUAUUUGUCGCAUUCCAAACAAAAGGCUUUAUCCGUGUUUUUAUGUUAGGCUAAUUUCUCCCUUAUUCCAGACUGUUUUAAAUUUGAGAUGAGAUUUAUAUUAGUAUUUGUUUCUUGUUUCUCUUAUCUUGUGUGAGCUCGAGAUUUAAGAAUAUAUUCAGCAAAUUUUAUAGAUUGUAGGAAAAGUUUUUAAUAAAAUUGUAUUAGUUACUUUUAAAGACGUAUAUUUAUUUAUUUAUCAAACCCAAGAAUCAACAAAAUUUUAACUGUAAUCUUGUUCUUCAGGGUGUUUCAAAACAAAUGCCAAAAAUUUAAGGGGGUGCUUUCUUGUAUAAUAUAGAGGGUAAUUUAUUAUAUAAAUAUCGGGUCAAAAGCGCUAACUAUUAGGGAGAUAUCGCGCUACAAAUAUGGCGGA